UUCUUAAUAAAAUGGUAUCCUCCUUAGCAGCUUCAUCAACUUCCGCCUCUUCCACCUCCUCAACUUCCAGUAAUGCCCAAGACCAACAAUUGUACUAUGCCCAAUUAUUAGCUGUACAACAGCAAAAUGAAGGAAAUGUUGAAAAUAAUAUAAUCAAAAGUGUUGAGGAACAACAAGAAUUAAAUGAUAGGAAAAAGGAAGAAACUGAACGGGAAAGGAAGGAAAGGGAAUGGAGUGAAAGAAAUACUAAUUUAAUUGUUAAUUAUGUUCCCCAAAAUAUGAGCCAAGAAGAAGUACGUGCCCUAUUUGGAUCUAUCGGAGAAGUUGAAGCCUGUAAACUCAUUAAAGACAAAAAUACAGGUCAUUUAUACUUUAAAAUAUUUUUAAUUUUUAAAUUAACCUAA